UCGGGCCCAACCAGUCUUAAUCGGUACACGAGGACUCUAGAUAUUUUUUCCUUUUUUUCUGUCAUCUCUUCCUCCUUCUUCGAUCUUCGCCGGUGUCGAUCCUCCUCCACUUGCAACCAACUGUCGCCAUGAAGCUGUUGCCGGUCUUGUUGCUCGUCGCCGCGGUCGUCUACGCCGCUGAAGAGAAGGAGGAAGAACGACCAAAAACGUACAGGAGGCUGAUACCUGCCGACGUUCUUCGCGAUUUCCCGGGCAUGUGCUUCGCCUCGACAAGAUGCGCCACCAUUGAACCAACGAAAUCAUGGGAUCUGACACCAUUCUGCGGCCGUUCGACUUGCGUGCCAGCCGAUGACAAUUCUGGCCGUUUGUUCGAGUUGGUCGAAGAUUGUGGACCGCUGCCGAAGGCCAACCCGAAGUGCAAACUGUCCGAGAAGACGAACAAGACCGCGCCGUUCCCCGACUGCUGUCCCAUCUUCGAAUGCGAGGAAGGAGCGAAACUGGAGUACCCGGAGAUUCCAACUCUGCCGCCGCCCACGCAGAUCGUGGAAGACGAGAAAGCGUCGGAGCCUGCACCAGCGAAGGCUUAAAAUGCCCGGCGCAAAAACAUGUGGCCCCCGCGAGCUUGAAAAGCAUCCAUCGCUUUCCCUGUCCUCCGGCUUUCGUUUCGUCUCCUCCGGAUCGCUGCCCGCUUCCAUUGUACACCCCGAAUCAUGAUCACAGUGUGUCGCCUAAGAAAAAAAAAACACAAUUAGAAUAAUCGAAGCUGCUCCAGAAUCCGGAGCUUAUCAUUUGAUUUAGGGCAUCGCGAGUACAUUCACUCGUGGCAAAUUUUAUAAUGAUUUUCAGCGACGCCGGAUGUCGCUGUCCGAAUGGGAAAGAUUCGACGGAAGACGUGUUCGGGUUCGCAGAAAGAUCGGUUCCGGCAGCUAAAUUGUCCGCGAAAAUGAAAUCGGAAUGCAAUUGCAGGAGAUCGUUGAGGAGAAAAAAAAAGCAUUAGGACAGAAACGCAUAGUUGCAUACAAGGAGGAACGUUACUUUCGUCGUCGCGCCUCGAUGCGCACCCGUUUCGUCACGAGGAGGCCACAUCGCAACUUCCUGUUACCCUUCGACGCGAUUCAACUUCACGCGAGGCUAUUAUUACAUUGUAUAUAAUUAUUCUCUAUGCACUUGCAUGUUUCUUCGUUUUAUUAUUAUUUUUUUCCUACUUUUUCCUUUUUUAAUGAUCGAGUACGAAAUUCCACGGAAAGCAUUGGAACCGUUAUGAAAAAGAAAUUCUACGGCAGGAUUAUCGUUGAUCGUUGCGUGAAUGGCGUCGUCUUCACAGUAUCGUGUCUGUUCAGUCUCCUAGUCCCGGAAAUGAGAUUCAGAUGCACACCGUUCGUUCUUAAUUCCAGCUGUAACCAUCGUCCCGUAGAGUAACAAUUAUCUUGUCUUUUCUGGAAGUAGAAAGCUCUGCGUAUAUAAUGUAAAAACAUGUGUGAUUGUAACUAUAUGUGAUUAAAUUAAUACCUAUUUAAUUCAA